GUCAGAGGAAAUAUAAACUAGGCUACUUGAGCUGCGUCUCAUCGGCUUGAUGUACAAGCAUGGAGUCGUUUUAGUUAUUCUUUUAGCAAAAUAACGACAAUAACGGUUGCAAUGGAGAACAUUCAGAAUCUCCCUAUUGACAUCCAAACCACCAAACUCUUGGACUGGUUGGUGGAUCGGAGGCACUGCACACUGAAAUGGCAAAGUGCAGUUAUGACCAUUAGAGAGAAAAUAAAUGCAGCCAUUCAGGAUAUGCCAGAAAACGAGGACAUCAAAAAACUGCUCUCCGGCUCAUAUAUUCACUAUUUCCAUUGCUUACAAAUAAUUGAAAAAUUGAAAGGAACGGAAGCAUCCACCAAAAAUAUUUUUGGCAGAUAUUCAUCACAAAGGAUGAAGGACUGGCAAGAGAUAGUGUCCAUGUAUGAAACAGACAAUGUCUAUUUAGCUGAAGUGGCCAGUAUAUUGAUUCGUAGUGUAAGCUAUGAAGGUCCUGCUCUAAGGAAGCAGGUGUCUAAAGCUCAGCAGCUUCAGCAGGAACUGAGCCGACGAGAACUGGAGUGUCAGAGUGGUGCCGCCGACAUGAGGGAACGAUAUUACACUGCCUGUAAACAGUAUGGGAUAAGGGGGGAAAAUGUGGCAAGGGAGAUACAAGCAUUGGUUAAAGAUCUGCCUGUAGUUUUAGAAGAAACGGGCAAAAAAGCAGCCUGUCUGAAGGAAGCUAUAGAGUUUUACUCAGUCUUCACAAAAUUUGCCAGUGACUGGUCUGAGGUUGUAUUGCCCAUGCUGAGGUUUGUCCAGAACAAGGGGAACACAACUUUAUAUGAGUGGAAGACAGGAAAUGUGCCCACGGUUGUAGAGAGACCUGUAAUGGAGGAAGCCCCACCUGAUGUUGUCACAGAGGAGACGAUUGACUGGGGUGACCUAGGUGGCGGUGCUAGUACUGAAGAGGUUAAUUUUGGGAUCUCUGUUGAGGAUGGUGUGGACUGGGGUAUUAGCCUUGAGUCUGGCACCGAGGAAACAGUUGCGGGUGGUAUCGACUGGGGAGAAGCUGAAUCUGCUCCCGUGGAAAUCGAAGUUGUGGAUGUGGGCACAGACUGUCCUGACGGUGUUGCCAGAGGUGAAGAUGCUCUUUCUCUUCUGGAAAACACACAGACACGUGGCCAGUUCCUAAAUGAGCUGAUGGAGUUGGAAAUGUUCCUGUCUCAGCGGCUCAGUGAGAUGCACGAAGGAGGAGACUUAGUGGCCAUGAGUCAGUUCCAGCUCGCUCCCUCAGUAAUCCAGGUCCAGACUCCCGAGCGUGUGCAGGCCAUGCUGGCAGAGGUGCGUGACCUGCAAAAUGGGCUCACCUCAGUACGAAUGCAGCAUCUCUUUAUGAUCCAUGCGUCACCACGCUACGUGGAGCGUGUUUCUGAGUUACUGCGGCAGAAACUCAAGCAGGCUGAUAUUUUGGUGUUGAAGCAAGGUACGCUGGCUGAAAAGCGACAGGAGGCUUUGGAAGAACAGGCCAAGCUGGAGCCACGCAUUGAUCUGCUGGCUGCGCGCACCAAGGAGCUCCAGAAACUGAUUGAAGCUGACAUCUCAAAAAGAUACAACAACCGGCCUGUCAAUCUCAUGGGAGUUCAUGUGUGACCAAGAAGAGUAUUUACAUGCUGCACAGAUGUAUCAUUUCAUAAAUAAAAUGUCUCUCAUUUAAACAAGGUGGGUAAUUGUUUUGUGGCGAUUCCUCUUUAUGGGGGAAUAAAAUUGUUGCUGUCACAGCACCUUAAAUAUUCAAAGACGGCUGUAAAUAACUUGCGUUUGCACAGCUGGCCUCAUUUAUUUAAAGUGCAGAUUUCAGUAAAUGAACUGUCUUAAGAAGCCUUUAUAUUUAAUUUAAAUAUACAAUUGCUAACCCUGUUUUUUGUAAAGAGCAAGCACACGGCGCCUUCUGUGAAUAGGGUACAGAAGGGCCUCAAAUUUCUAAAAGGUGUUUGUUUUUGAACAAAAAAUGUUUGUAAAUGUACAAUACAGUAAUAAAGACCAUUUAAAGAAAUAACUAAAAUAUUACACUGCUGUACUAUUUUUUAAUUUUUUAACUAUUUUUCAAGGAAUGCAAAUAUACUGGUUAAAAUAAAUGUCAUGUCACCAGGAUAUCAAAACUAUGAUGAUUUUUAGUCAAUACGGUCAAACCUCUGAGGUGGAAUAGGCUAAACUCACUAUUAAGGGUGAGAUAUUGGCAGCUGAUGCAUUUUACAGUUAUUUGUGCUGUAAUUUUAAACACAUACCAUUUAAAGGUUUGGGAUCAAUAAGUUUUAUUUUAAAUAAAUAUUGUUCAUAUUAAAUGUAUAAAAAGUGUUAUUUUGAAAUUGUUAUUUUGAAGUGUUAUUCAUGAAAUAAAUUCUGGGGGAAAAAUA